AUGAAUAGAAUACCCAUAAUUUCAUUACUUAAUCCUUCUCCAGGCGAUAGCCAUAAUAUACGGCAAACUCUCACAUCUUCAUCAACUUUUUCCCUAAAGAAAGAUACCUAUGAGGCCGAUAUAUUAUUAAAAAUGAGAAAUGAACUAAUGAAACUCCACUCUAGCAUCUGUUGUACAAAUAUUGAAAAUGGUGAAGUAAAUUUUAUUCUGAACAAAGUACUUCAGGGACUUAAAAUUUUAAGCUCAGAUCAGGUUUUCUCAAAACCUGAUCGUGUAGUUAUCCAAAAUAUUUCACAGCUUACAGCAAUUAUUGUCAGGCUUGUGAAUAAGAAAGAAGACAUAAUAAAUCUUCAGAAAGGAUUAGUGGAUCCUAAGGAAAUACCAGAGGCAAUAUCUAAAGAAAAGUGUGGAAUAAUUUUCAACGUGGUAACACAAGAUAUGAUGGAAAAUGGUAGGAAAGGAGGUAGCUCUUCUUAUAAAGGCCAUAGGCUACCAAAGAAACAUGUCCAAUUACUGGAAAGUUGGUAUAAGAAUAAUAUUGAAAACCCAUAUCUCAAUGACACUGAUAUUAGAAUAUUAAUGAGAGAAACAGGUUUCUCCAGAAGUCAGGUAAAAAAUUGGGUAGCAAAUAAAAGAAGAAAAGACAAACAUUCUACUAUUUCUCCAGAAUUAUCAGAUUUAUUAGCUAACUAA